AUGGUUCUCACCGCGGUCCUCCUGCUGUUGACCGCCUGCGCGGGGCCAGCCCAGAGCCUGGGCUCCUUCGUGCACUGCGAACCCUGCGACGAGAAAGCCCUGUCCAUGUGCCCCCCCAGCCCCUUGGGCUGCGAGCUGGUCAAGGAGCCUGGCUGCGGCUGCUGCAUGACAUGCGCCCUGGCAGAGGGGCAGUUGUGCGGUGUCUACACUGAGCGCUGCGCCCAGGGGCUGCGCUGUCUUCCCCGGCAGGAGGAGGAGAAGCCGCUGCAUGCCCUUCUGCACGGCCGUGGGCUUUGCCUCAACGAGAAGAGCUACCGCGAACAAGUCAAGAUCGCCGAGAAAGAGUCGCAGGAGCAGGAAGAGCCCACCACAUCAGAGAUGGCAGAAGAGACCUACUCCCCCAAGAUCUUCCGGCCCAAGCACACCCGCAUCUCAGAGCUGAAGGCAGAGGCCGUGAAGAAGGACCGCAGGAAGAAGCUGACCCAGUCCAAGUUCGUGGGCGGAGCGGAGAACACUGCCCACCCCCGGGUCAUCGCGGUGCCAGAGAUGAGGCAAGAGUCAGAGCAGGGUCCCUGCCGCAGACACAUGGAAGCAUCCCUGCAGGAGCUCAAGGCUAGCCCCCGUAUGGUGCCCCGUGCCGUCUACCUGCCCAACUGUGACCGCAAAGGAUUCUACAAGAGAAAGCAGUGCAAGCCAUCACGUGGCCGUAAACGUGGCAUCUGCUGGUGCGUGGACAAGUACGGGAUGAAGCUGCCAGGCAUGGAAUAUGUUGAUGGGGACUUUCAGUGCCAUGCUUUUGACAGCAGCAACGUUGAGUGA